AUGGGUCGUCAUGGAAUGAGCAUUGAUCCACGCCAUGUAAUGUUGCUUGGUGAUAUUAUGACAUAUAAGGAAAAAGUAUUAGGGAUUCACCGGUUUGGUAUUUCUAACAUGAAGAGUAGUGUUUUGAUGUUAGCUUCAUUCGAAAAGACUACGGAUCAUCUUUUUGAUGCUGCGUUACAUAGUAAACGUGAUUGUCUAGAAGGCGUUAGUGAGUCUAUUAUUAUGGGAAUGCCCAUGCAACUUGGAACUGGAUUGUUUAAGUUAAUAAGAAAAUCUCAGUAUGGUGAAGAAAAACCUCCAAGAAGGAA